CGCUUCCACUCCCAAACGCCGUUUCUUGUGCGCGCAUGGCGCGACGUCGCAUCUACGCCGCGGCCGUGGUGGCGCUGUGCUGGGCCACCGCGGCACCUUUGGCCCUGCUGCGCUCCGAGCUGUUGCGCUUCAGCGCCCCGGCGCUCGCGGCCGAACGACCUCCGCGCAGAAGAAAGACGCUGAAGUACGGCACCCUGCCCGAUCAGCUGGGCGAUGUAUGGGCUCCAGAAGCGCCUACAGGUUUGGUGGUGCUGGUGCACGGUGGCUUUUGGCUGCCACAGUAUGGGAAAGAUCUGAUGACAAAGCUCGCAUCGGACCUGAUGGCCCGCAACUGGGCAGCGUGGAACGUAGAGUAUCGCCGUGUCGAUGGUCCGGGCUGGCGGAAUGCCAACUCCACCUUGGAGGAUAUCACCGCAGCCUUGCGCUUUUUGGACUCCCCGGAGUUUCCCUUCAAGGGAUUGCCAGUGGCGGUUGUGGGACAUUCUGCUGGUGGGCAUUUGGCGCUUUGGUCGCAACUGCGCCCCAUCCGAGUGACCGACUGCCGUGCUGUUGUCAGUGUGGGUGGCGUUUUGGACUUGUGCGACGCAGAUGAGGAGGCCCUGGGCGGCGGCGCUGGGGCUGUGGCACGCUUUUUGGGGUAUCGCGAUGUCAGCAGCCUCAAGCGUGACGUGUCUCCCAUUGACAUGUUGCCUCCCUGCCUGGUGAACUCACUUCCUCCCGAGCUUGCACGAAGGGGCACCGUCCCUGAACCCCGCAUCGGAUUGGUGCAUGGCAAGCUGGAUCAGGUGGUCCCAUCGCAGCAAAGCGUGAGAUUCCUGGUUUCGGCUACAUGUGCUGGCAUCCCUUGUCAACUCCACCUUGUGGACGAAGGCCACUAUGAGGUCUUAGACCCUGGCUCCAGCUCCUGGAAAUCUGUGGUCUCCAUAGUCCAAGAGGCCUUCAAUGAGCCUGUCCGCCCAGUGCGACGAGCUGUCCUGCAGACCCACCGCGAGGAACGAGGUGGCACACUGAUUUUUCGGAGCGCCCCGUCCGCAGAGCGCCUCCAAGUUUCAGCCUGAAGACCUUGGCCGAAAACGACGGGGUCGAGGAGAAACAGACCCAUUUCUUUCUGAAACUUGAUGGUGGCACAGCCCCAGCUCUUGGGUCUCGCUCUUGGCAACUGUGUGGCACUAGCGUACUCUCACAUCGAAGCAGCAACGGCGUGGCAGCGUGAACGGCCCGCGGGGCGCGGACGCGGAGUAGUCAUUGUAUUUGCUGGCCGCAAAGCUUAGCUUCCAAAAGGAGGGAAGUCCGGACGAGGUCUGGAGUGGGAGCAACUGCCAGGCAUCGGGCUGCCCAGCUCUUGUCCAAGAGCCGUUGGGGUUCAAAC